GUUAUGGCCUUUAAUUUUGGCUUUAUAUUUUUAAUUUUUCCCGGGUUUAGAAUGAAAGUGGUCAUGGUGUUUCCCAUGGACCUUAUGUUACCCUAGGCCCCUAGCUACUUUGCCUUGUCCUUACUUUGCCUUGCAUUAUUGGCUUACCUUUGAGUUUUAUGUUAGUUCUUGUCAGAACAUUCUGGAACGAAGGUAAAGUUGAUGAAGCUGUGCGUAUAGUCAGGGACAUGGAACAAAGGGGGAUAAAGGGAUCUGCCAGCGUGUACUAUGAACUAGCGUGCUGCCUUUGCAACAAAGGAAGGUGGCAAGAAGCAGUGAUGGAGAUUGAGAAGUUGAAAAAACUGCGUCUUACAAAACCAUUGGCCGUGACUUUCACUGGCAUGAUUAUGUCUUCUAUGGAUGGUGGAUAUGUUGAUGAUUGCAUAUCUAUAUUUGAGCAAAUGCUAGAUCAUUGUCCUCCAAACAUUGGAACUGUAAAUGCUAUGUUAAAGGUCUAUGGGCGUAAUGAUAUGUUCUUAGAGGUUAAGGAGUUAGUUGAGAAAGUCAAAGCUGGAUACAAAGCUUUUCUGGGUGAUGGUGACACUCCUCUAAUCCCAGAUUUCUAUACAUAUGGAGCAGUGCUUGAAGCAUCAGUUUAUGCACAUCAGUGGGAGUACUUUGAGUAUGUUUACAAGGAAAUGUGCUUUUCAGGAUACCAGUUUGAUCAGGAAAAACAUGCAGUACUGCUUGUCGAAGCAUCAAAAGCAGGCAAGUGGCAUUUAUUGGAACAUGCCUUUGAAACAACUUUGGAAGCUGGAAAAAUCCCACAUCCAAUGCUAUUCUCUGAAAUGGUCUGCCAAGCAAUGUUGCAGGAUGAUUACGAAAAAGCUGCCAGACUUGUCAAUUCAAUGGCUCAUGCUCCAUUUCAAAUAAAUGAGAAAGACUGGACUGAUCUCUUUAGAAAGAAUAAGGAUAGGAUCAGUGAUGAACACCUUAAAAAAUUAUCCACUACACUUAGUGAAUGUAAUUUGUCGAGUGAAUCCACGGCCUCAGAACUGGUGAAAGCUUUGCAUUCUAUAUGUGGGUCAGCAUCAGCUGAGAGCACCUCUUGUAGUGAUUCAUAUGCUGCCAAGGGCACCUGUGUCAAUGGAAGAAUUGCAUACUAUACUGGUGGACACCAAAAACUGCUUAAUGAUGACUUCUACCAAGAUAAAAUAACAGUUGGUCAAUCUAGUUAUGGAAAGCCCGGUAUGAAUGAGCUUCAUGCUGUUAGUUCUGGUGAUGGUUCUGAUGAAGAUGACAAAGCCAUCUUGAGCAGCAAGUCAUCUAGCUUUGUUGAUGUGGCCUCUGAUAAAAUUGCCUGUUUAGGUGAGGGUUUUUUACAUGUGCAAUCGCAUAGUCAAGAUACCUUCGAAGAAAUGUUAACAUUUGAUGAUUGGGAUUCUAAAGCCAGCGAUAUAGAUCAUCCACGAUUACCUUCAGCAGAUGAAAUAUUGCAAUCUUGGAAGAUAAAUCAGGAAAAAGUAUGGAACUAGUUCCUUCUUGAGCUCUAGUUGGAGUAUCAGUGUUGUAUUGGAUAUACUGAUUGAUUGAUUUUUUUUUUAUUA